AUGAAUGAGGCCCCAGAAUUUAUUAGAGUAAAAAGAAGAAGAAAUGAAGAUUCCGUUCAGGCAUUAGUCCUUGAUGAGGGGCAAAGAAGAAAAAAGGCAAGAUAUGUAUUCAAAUUAACUAGGACUGUUAAUCAAGAUUCAUACGUCGAGAAGGAAAGUACAACAACACCUUUGUUGAAACUAUCUGAAGAGGUAGAUAAUAAACAUUUUGUAUUAGAACGACAUAACCGAAAUGAAAAUUCUAAAAGCGCAGAUGACAUAAAUACUAAAGAUAUAGACUCGAAUGGAAAUGUUGAUAAAUCACUACCGGACGAAAUUGCACAAAUGGUAAAUAAUUAUUUGAAGAUACAGAGAGAUUCUGGAGAAAAAUUUACUAGACCGAAAAAACCAAGUAGAAAACAUUUCUCAUCAGAAGUGGCUGUACUACCUAGCUUAGACUAUGUCUACGAUAUUUAUCACUUAGAAACAAUCCCUGAAGAUGAAUUCGAGAAAUAUCCUACCAAUAAUAUUGGGUUUAUUAAAAUCGUAAAUAAAGAUUUAAAUUUAAUACCUGAUAGUGAUGGAGAUUCAGACUUCCAGUUAUCGGAUGAUGAGGAUUCUAAUGAUGAAAAUUAUUAUCAAAAUGACUAUCCAGAAGAUGAGGAUGAUGAUCGUUCCAUUUUAUUUGGAUCUGAUAAUGAUGAUGAAGAAUCAGUCGAAAAUUUACAAUGGACUAAAUUACCACAAGAACCACAUACUUCAGAUAAACUACGUAGUGAAAGUUUUGCUCCAUAUUCAGAAUUAUUUGGAAAACUUGAAAAAAGUGACAACAUUUUAAACUCUUUGAAAAAUGCUAAUAUCAUUGAUCUAGAUACAAGCACAUAUGAAGACAAUGAUGAAGGAAUAAAUAAUAUAGAUGAUUAUCAAGAUCCCUGGGAAGAUAAUGAUGAAGAUGAACAAUACGAAAGAAAUGAAUUUUUCCCAGCAGAUAGAGAUGAUCCUUUGGCGCAAUACAGGGAUAAAAUAUUCGGCAGAUUACAAAAAAUGAUCAAUGAGAAAACAGAAUAA